AGCAUAUAUUAGUAAAGUAUCGUGACAUAUGUUUCAAUAUUUAAACUUUGCUAACUUUUUCUUUCUCUUCAAUAUUAAAUAAAAAUGAGAGAAAUUUUGGAAAUUUUAUCUGGAGUUAUCGUUCUUGUUUUUGCCUUUUAUUAUUAUUACAAAUUGAAAUUUGAUUUCUGGAAAAAGCAUGGCAUACCAGGACCAAAACCUACAAUAUAUUUCGGCACGGCAAAAGAUAUUAUAUUACAAAAAAAAUUACCUGUACAAUAUUAUAAGGAGAUAUAUGAUGAAUAUAAACAUGCGUCACUAGUGGGUCUCUUCAUUAAAACAAUACCAAUUUUAAUAAUAAAAGAUCCUGCUUUGAUCAAAGAUGUUCUAAUCACAGAUGGUAUGAUAUUUACAGGACGUGGUGUUUCUUACUCUAAAAAGGCUGAACCGUUAAUGGACACACUUUUUUAUGCAAAAGGAGAAGAAGCAUUACAUUUACGAGCAAAACUAUCACCACUUUUCACACCUAGUAAACUUAAAAUUAUGCUAUCUUUAUUAAUACAACGCUCGGAAGCCUUUAAAAAUUGGUUGGACAAUUCGCUAUUAUUGAAAAAUAAAUAUAUAAAUUGUAGCGAAUUGACAGGAAAACUGACCGCCGACUACUCUGGUGUCUGUUUACUUAAUUAUGAUGUCAAGACUUUUCGAGAUAAAAAGAUUGAAAUUUUUAAAUAUGUGAAAAAGUUUAAUAAAGGAGAUUCAUGGAAAUGUAUAUUCAAACGAUUGCUACCAGAUAAAGUAAUAUACAACAAAUUAUAUGAUUUAAUCAGUUAUUAUUUGUUUGAUGCUGAAUUGAUGCAGUUUUGUAUCCGCUUCGCUAUGGAUAUUGUAAAUGACAGAAGAAAACAUAAUAUUUCCAAAUAUGAUGUUGUUAAUAUACUUAAGGAAUUCAAAAACGGAAAAUCGACUGAAAAAGCAGAAAUGUUGGAUCAACAUUUUGUUACGCAAGUAUUUAUGUUCUUCUUGGCUGCAUUUGACACGUCUGCUGUAACAAUGUCUAACACAUUAUAUGAAUUAGCUUUAAAUCAUACUAUUCAAAACAGACUUCGCGAAGAAAUAAAUAAUAUAUACAUAAAAAAUAAUGGAGAAAUAACAUUUGACGAUAUAAAUAUGAUGUUCUAUUUGGAUGCAGUCUCUAAAGAAACGAUGCGAAAGUAUCCAUUAGUUGACCUACUUACGAGGCAGGCUUCAUCAGCUUACACUUUUAAAAAUUCUCAACUAACUAUUCCAAAAGGUCAAAUAGUCGGUAUUCCUGUCCAUGCUAUUCAUUUUGAUCCAGAUAUAUAUCCUAAACCUGAAAUUUAUGAUCCUGAGAGAUUCAUCGGUGAUGCUGCUGCUCGAUCCAAACAAUCAAUGCAUUACAUGCCUUUUGGAUAUGGCCCAAGAAAUUGCAUUGGUGAACGAUUUGGCAUGUUACAACUCAAAAUGGGACUCAUCACUUUUUUACGAAAUUAUAAAUUCAAUAUUUGUGAAAAAACCCCAAAAAGAUUGAAAUAUAUUUCUGCAAUACUUGUUCAACAACCCAGCGACAUAUAUCUUAAAGUAACAAAAAUCGAAUAGUAUCCAAUAUAUAAU